AAAUUUGGCUAUGGAGGCUGGGUGCAGCUCCAACACCAUAGCAAGAACCAAUUUUAGCAUUUAUCACUCUGUCUUAAGGAAGUGACCUGGCCCUCUCCACAGGUUAUUACAGAACACUAAAGCCAACCAAACAAAUGGAACAAUUUAGGUUUGAGCACAAGCUGGAGAAAUUAAACAUUUGAGACAAAGAGGAGAAGAAGCCACUGUUAUUAAGGGUUGAGUUUGGCAAGAGGAAAAGGCAAGAGGAGGAGGGCUUGGGGCAAAGCUUUCUGCAAAUAAUGAGGCCUGAGAGUGGGCCAGAAGUCUAGGGCUGCACAGAGGUCAGGUCUGACUUCAAUUUCAGAGGCAUCAUAUGCCUUCAUGGAGGGAACAUUCCUGAGCUUCCAGCUGGAACACAGACAUGACUAAGCCAGGCCCUGGAGGACUUGCAGUCUGGGAAGCACAGUUACCAUGCACAGGGGGAGAAGCAAAGAUGGUGAAAGAUGGGCAGGUCUUCAGAGUGGUCCAAGAGAACUGCUGGGAUCCAGAAGUCCGUAUUAGAGAAAUGGACAAAACAGGAGUGACCGCACAAGCCCUUUCCACAGUUCCUGUCAUGUUUAGCUACUGGGCCAAACCUCAGGACACUUUAGACCUGUGCCAGCUUCUAAACAACGACCUAGCUGCCACCGUUGCGAGCCACCCCAGGAGGUUUGUGGGCCUGGGGACGUUGCCCAUGCAGGCCCCGGAGCUGGCCAUCAAGGAGAUGGAGCGCUGUGUGAAUGAGCUGGGCUUUCCGGGGGUCCAGAUCGGCUCCCACGUCAACGAGUGGGACUUGAAUGCGCAAGAACUCUUCCCUGUCUACGCAGCGGCUGAAAAGCUGAACUGUUCCCUAUUCGUGCACCCCUGGGACAUGCAGAUGGAUGGACGGAUGGCCAAAUACUGGUUCCCUUGGCUCGUAGGAAUGCCAGCAGAGACCACUACAGCCAUUUGCUCCAUGAUCAUGGGUGGAGUAUUUGAAAAGUUUCCUAAACUGAAAGUAUGUUAUGCACAUGGAGGUGGUUCCUUCCCCUUCACUGUGGGAAGAAUUUCCCAUGGAUUCAGCAUGCGCCCAGAUCUGUGUGCCCAGGACAACCCAACCAACCCAAAGAAAUACCUUGGAUCCUUUUAUACAGACUCCUUGGUUCAUGAUCCUCUGGCCCUCAAGCUGUUAACAGAUGUCAUAGGAAAGGAUAAAGUCAUUUUGGGAACCGAUUACCCCUUUCCACUAGGUGAGCUGGAACCUGGGAAACUGAUAGAGUCCAUAGAAGAAUUUGAUGCUGAAACAAAGGACAAACUCAAGGCUGGCAACGCCCUAGCAUUUUUGGGUCUUGAGAGAAAACUAUUUGAAUGACCGAAUUUACUCCAAAAGCAACAUUUCCAGAAGCUAUUUUGUUUUUGUUUUUAAAUACAUAUCACACAUGCUUUAGUAAAAUGCUAUUUUGAACUAUUUUAUCCAGAAAUAGAAUAUCCCCAAAUAUUCUAAAUUAUUCAUAAGAAAAAUGACUCGUGUUUUCAUUCUGAAAAACAGUAUAUUAAUUCAUGUGUAAAUAAAAAAUGAUUUUCUCAGGGCUUUUUAAAUUAAUAGCAGAAAUAAAAAGCAAAAUGUCAUUAAUGAUUUAUAUGGAGAAAUCAAAACCAGAUUCAUCCUAGAGGGCUCAGGUAGGUUUCCACUUUGAGCAAGUGCAUAUGAACAGGGCCCAAUAACCUAUUUCUAGUCACUUUUAACACCUUCCAUUAGCCCAGAACUGAGCAGGGAAUGCUUUAGAUUCCACAAAAUAAAUGAUGUACAUAUUCCAUAACCCCCAGGAGCUUAUAGUCCAAUUAAGGAAGCAAGACACAUGUUCGUGGAAUAAUUACUAAGCAAUUCCACAUGAGUGUCACAGAAGUUUCAACAAGAAAAAUUCACUUGGACUCAAACUGUUGAGCAGAUCUUCACAGAAGUUGGAACUUGGGCUGAGUCUAGAAGUCCAUCCAUAAGGCUUGUUUAGAAUUGGAGGAUGGGAAAUAGAUAGAAAGGCAAAACUAUGGGAACACAGGUUUCAGACUGAAUGAGAACUUAGCCAUUCUGAAGAAAACUUGCAGUCUGUAAUUUAUUUUUACCAGAAGCUCUUUUAAUUUAAAAUACUGAGUAGAGUGUGUAAAGCUGGCUGUGGAGGUUGAACAGGGCAACACCAGGGUAGCCUUGUUUUACUUACUUCUUUUAUGGUCAUCCCACUUGAGCUGCUGAAAAUGAACGUGGUCCUGGGAGGGGUGAUGAACAUCUGUGGUU